CUACAUAAGAUUGGCGUAAAAUCUAUCUUCACCAGAUUUGGACAGGAAAUAUAGAUAUAACUCAGCGAGAACUCAUUUUUUGUUGUCAAAAUUGUCAAGUAAAGAGAAGUGUGAAUCCAAAAAAAAUGUGGUGCGCAAGUUAUCAUCAGCCAUUACCCACCAGUUCCGGCGUCUUGAAUCGGGAAACAAAGCAAAAACAGAGGCUGAGAAGAAAUCAAGUGUUCUUUUUCUUAUCUUCAUCUCCUUCAAGCUCAAGAGAACAUCAAUGGCAAACCAGUAAUUAUCCCAAAUUUGGGCUCAGAUUAAAACCAAAAGCUAGUGUAGUGCCUCCUUCUGAAUCUGGUGAUAUCACUACCUUCCUCCUCGUAAGUGUAGCAAUGAUCUCUAUGUAUUUGGUUGCGAAUUUUGUGGUUCCAUCGUUGCUUUUCAAGUCAUUGCAAGGCGAAGAAGAGGAAGAUUCCGAUUCAACUUAAGCUCAACUGAUUUGAAGUUUUGAUUUUUUUUUUCGAUUAAAUUUCUUCUAUCUUCUUAUGCAAACUUUUUAAUAUAAGCUCCUUUCAUCCAGUUUCUGCAUUUAAUUUUGUAACAUCUAGCCAUUUAAACAUAUAUCUUCAUAAAAUAAUAAUUAUACACAUCAUUAAAUCAUUACAAUUUUUUCCUGAUU